AUGAAUGAUUUGACAAGUUUAAUAAAUUUUAAAAGAGAAUAGUUUCAUGUACAUAUUAGGAAACAAAGAAAUGAAAACUAAUUUAAACAAUCAAGAAAACAUUAUAUUUCAUCACUCUUUUCUCAGCAAACAUAGAUGUAAUAAAUAAGCGCCAAAAUAAGAGAUAAAAUAGAAAGAGGGGAAUAAUUAAAUGGUGAAUUACUGAUAAUAAUAGUGGAGAAGAUUGAAGAAAUCUUAGAGAUAGAAAACAAUCUUAAAUUAUUAGAUGUAGUUCAAUUUCAUUAUUUAGACUAUUGAUGCAGCUGUUUGGAUGUUAAAGUCUGUAGAUGUAUAAACUUAUGAAGAUGAACUUAGUGAUAACUAUAAAAUGCUAAAAAUUAUUGAUAUGAUUAUACCACUUUCUUAAGGAUAUUCUAUCCAUCAUGAACAUAUGAACUAAUAAAUUAUUAUAUAUGCUGCAAAAGUAUAAUGUAUCUAUCAUGUAGUUUCUUAAAUAUUGGACAAUGAUGGAUGAUAAAUAGAUAUACAACUAUUAUGGUGAAGUGGCUGAAACAGUAUAUUUCUUAUUAAAUAAAUAAGAACUCAUUUUUAUUAAAAGAGGUAUUGAAAUUAUGUUCAAUCUCUUUUAAUGUGAUGAUGGAAAAUUAUUAUUCAAAUUGCAUGAACUUCUUAUUUGUGGUUAAAAUUUAGUUAAACCUAUAUGCAAUUUAUUAUAAACUUAGUAAAAUUUUGAUAUUUAAACAACAAUUUGGGAGAUAGUUCUUUAAACAUUUUUAAUGUAAGAUAGAAAUGGAAUGAAUCAAUACUUAAAUUAUACAAAUCAAGAAAUAUCUUUCUUUGAUAUUUUAAUUGAAUUAGUCUAAAAAUCUGAGAAUAAUAGUAGAAAACUUUUUCGUUAUCAAUUACAUUUAAUCCAUUUAAUUUUGGAUUAUUUGUAGAAUGAAAGAGAAUUAUUAUAUGAAGAUUUUAAAUGGAAAUUGAAUUCUUCAGAAAUUAAAAUAAAACUUUAACAUAAUUGGGUAUUUCAUUAAUGGAAUUCCAUUCAGAAUAUUGCCAAUUAAAUCCAAAUUCAUUUAGAAGAAUGA